AUGGCGGGCUCUCCCCGGCCAGUGACACGGCAUCUGAGAAACCCUGAUGAAUGCGGAAGGGGCACGAGCCCUCGGAGCCGAAACAUUCCAGAAGGUUCAUCAAGGAAGCUAGCUAGGGGCUGGACGUUUCCACCAGAAGGGAGGACCGUCACGUACCGCGGAUGCUUCAGGUUGCCAGAGAACGGCACCCACACCUUCCCCGACUCCCUGUUGCAGCCCAACGCGACAGCAGAGGCGUGCUCGGGAUUUUGUUCCCAGAAAGAGUUCCCGCUGGCCGUCCUCCGGGGCCGGGAGUGCUACUGCGCUUACCCCACGCCGCAGUUCAGCCUUCGGGACGCCGUGGACAGCUCGCUGUGUGGCCGGGGGCCCGAGGCCCCGAGGCAGGCUGAGUACUGCGAGGUCUACCAGACGCCGGUGCAGGACACUCGCUGCACGGACCGGAGGUUCCUGCCCACCAAGUCCAAGGUGUUCGUGGCUCUGUCCAGCUUCCCGGGAGCCGGGAACACGUGGGUACGGCACCUCAUCGAGCAUGCCACGGGCUUCUACACCGGCAGCUACUACUUUGACGGGACGCUGUACAACAAGGGGUUCAAGGGCGAGAAGGAUCACUGGCGGAGCCGGCGCACCAUCUGCGUGAAGACCCACGAGAGCGGCCGCAGGGAAAUCGAGAUGUUCGACUCGGCCAUCCUGCUGAUCCGGAACCCGUACAGGUCCCUGGUGGCCGAGUUCAACCGCAAAUGUGCCGGCCACCUGGGCUACGCGGCCGACCGCAACUGGAAGAGCAAAGAGUGGCCGGACUUCGUCAACAGCUACGCGGCCUGGUGGUCGUCGCACGUGCUGGACUGGCUGCGCUACGGCAAGCGGCUGCUGGUGGUGCACUACGAGGACCUGCGCCGCAGCCUGGUGCCCACGCUGCGGGACAUGGUGGCCUUCCUCAACGUGUCCGUGAGCGAGGAGCGGCUGCUGUGCGUGGAGAACAACAAGGAGGGCAGCUUCUGGCGGCGCGGCCGGCGCCCCCACGACCCCGAGCCCUUCACCCCCGAGAUGAGGGCCCUCAUCGACGGCUACAUCCGGACGGUGGACCGGGCGCUGCGCGAGCACGGCGGGGCCGGGCUGCCGGGCGAGUACGUGCCCAGAUGACGGCCCGGCGGCCUCGCUGCGGCCCCGAGCCCCGAGGCCGCCGGGCGGGCACCCGCCGCGGGACCCCCCCCGGCGCUCACACGCGCGUCCGCACACGCCGCCUCUCGCCCGCCCGCCCGCCGGUGCCCGGCCCCGCUGCGGGCUUGUGCCCGGACACCAGGCCACGCGGGCAUCGGCGCCGCGGGCACCCGGCGUGGGCGGGGGGGCUCGUGGAUGCCGCUGACUGCACGUGACUCCCGGUGACUGCGUGUGGGGAGACCACCAGGCACCGCGGUCCGCAGCCCCGCCUCUCCCCUCCCCGCGGACUGGCCGGCAGCGCGGGACAGAGCGGAGCCCCCCCCCCCCCCCCCCCCC